CAAAUAUGGCGGACAAGGAAGGACUGACGGGGACCUUAUGACACAAAAAUGGCACAUUUUGGAAAAGAUCUGGAUCAUUUUAGCUCGUCCAGAACUGUGAGAAUUAAAGGAUCUGAAACAGUGGAAAGUCAUACGGUUUACACUGUUGAAGUUUCAGUGGGAUCCUAUACUUGGACAGUUAAACAUAGAUACAAUGAUUUCCUUAUUCUCCAUGAGAAGCUGGUUUCAAUAUGCAAGAUAGACAAAACCUUGUUGCCACCAAAGAAGUUAUUUGGGAAUCAAAGUGAGGGAUUUAUAAAGAAGCGCCAGGCCGAGCUGGAAGCCUACCUACAAACUGUGUUGUACUAUGUAGCUCACAAAGUUCCACCAGUCCUGGCCACCUUCCUGGAAUUCAACAGAUAUGAAAUCCACGGGAUUACGCAGGGUAUGGCUGAGGAUCUCUACAACAGAGGGGACGUACUGCUCCAGUCAAGGGAGAUGUAUGAAGUGACUCCAUUACAGCUGUAUUCCCUAACAGAACGUCUGAAGCUCCCGGAACCCACCUGUGACAGUGGCGAUGUGAAGAAAGACAUAGGUCAUAUACUAGAUUUCAUCACCAGAGUUAAAUACCUAAAGGUGUUUGGUAGUACAGACCCUGUCGGUACCAGUAAUAUAGACAUGUCACAGCUCAAGUUUGAUCUCUCCCUGUUCAAGUCACUCCAGUUCCUGGAGGUCUCCUUCAGUAUCGCUCUCCAAAUCUCAGGGAUAGAGACCAUCAAACAAACCAUGGACAGAAUAACUCUCCAUUACUGUGUCAGCAAAAUCAGGGACAUCCUUCUACAGGACCUACCACAGUGGAAGGCAGACGAUGGCACACUACUGGUGUCUUACUGGGAUAAACUCUCCGAGGCUGACUUCAGUCACAACACCAUUACAGAUAUCGAUGAUAGUGUGCAACUGAUGCCCCGAGUAGAAGUGCUGAAUCUUAGUCACAAUCACAUCAAAAGUAUCCAGCAUCUUAACUGGCUGAGUCGUCUGACCUUCCUCGACCUCUCAUACAACACAUUUAGGUCUCUGGAUGCUUUACACACCAAAAUUGGCAACCUAAAGACUCUAAUCCUGGCUGGCAACAAACUGGACAGUCUACAAGGACUCUCAAAGUUGUUUUCCCUGGAAAAUCUUGAUGUCAGUCAUAACGAGAUAUCACAGAUGACUGAGGUACUACAUGUCUGUAAGCUGCCGUGUCUGGAGGAAUUACACAUGAACAACAACCCUGUAACAACAGUACUGGACUACCGUACCAAAGUCCUGUCCAUGUUUAUGGACCGUGCAUCAGAGGUGAUCCUGGAUGACCACAAGCCCAGUCAGCAGGAACUUGACACUGUGGCUGUCCUACAGGCUAUACAGAAAUCCAAGGAAAACAAGGACAAAUCCAGAAAACCUAUAACAAGGAAGUCCAUCAGUGACGACCGCCCUACGGGGUCCCCUGUGUUACCUGAGCUUUAUGAGGAGCAGGGGUCACCCCAGGCCAGUUUUACAGGCAUAGAGGGUAGCCAGGGGUACACUAGUCCCGCCAAUUCACAGCCACAGAACUCCACCGAAGAUCUCUCCCCUACCUCAUCGGGGAGCUGGUCACAAAGUCUAGUGUUCCUACAGCAGGCUGGCCCUGAAACAAAGGCCCCAGUGGAGACACAGGGCAGCAAGAGCUAUGACGAGAAUAUGGGGUCUGACGACACUGUGCUAUCACAAAAAUUGGAAACGGUAGUGUUGGAGAGGAGACGUAGCAGAGGACAUUCCGAUGAGAAUGUACCUGUCAUCACCUAUGUAAACAUCGCAAAGCUGCCGAAUCACAGAAAUUCUGAGUUUGUGACCUGGCUUCAGACUCGGUUGUUCGGGUCAGACAUGGAUGACCAAGUGAUGGAACAGCUAGUAAAUGUGAUGUGGUGUAACGUUAUCCAGUACUCGAAACAGGAUGACACUAUUUCUUGUUGUGCUGUGUUAACAGAGCGACGCCUCUUCCUCCUUCGUCUCAAGCAUGGCAGCUGUGGCUUCAGUGGCGUACCCGAUCUGGAGACAUUUUAUAUAAUGCCCCUGAACAAUGUGCAGCAAGCGCUGUCUGGUCCGUGCUACUGUUAUAUCAGACUUGAGGAGUCAUUCGUAGGUCCAAGUGGAACAUUCGUCCUCGAAGCUGCAGAUUCUGAUGUCGGAAAAGAAUUCACAGAUGAUUUACAGACCAGGCUGCAUUCAUCUGACCUUGGAAGUAUUGACAUGGUCAAUUGUUCCCAAAAUUCUGAUAUGUCUAAACAAAUAUUUUCCGAGGAGGAUGAUGAAGGACUUUGUACUGGACGUGUUGUGGUUUCUUCUGUUGUAUCCGUUGGUGGUACAGAGGAACUCGCCCUAUUACUCCUAUCGGAAAACAAAGUGUACCUCAUCCAUCGCGACUGUUUAUUUUGGCCUAGACCAACAUGCAUUGAUAAACUAGAAGACAUCAAAUCGAAACCUCAUUUCAAUUAUUUACAGCAACAUUCGGUGAUGACGAAUAUUAGUGAAAUCAAGAUAGGAGUUAGUGUUCAGAGUGUGCGUAAGCACCGUAGAACAUCGUCAUUUCAGAGCAAAAAUUUCCUAGUCUUCUUUGAACCAUUCGACGUAUCAAUGGUUUUCCAUGAACUGAUAGGUGCGGUAGGGUUUCAAGUGUGUUUUCUGUCGCAGAAAGCUAGAGAUAGCUUCUUAGAUCAACUUACAAUUAUGCGAUCAGAACAUACUCACAGAAUGUCACCUACUAUCCGAGAGGAACCAGAAGGUGGAAAUGAGUCCUCGGACAGCCUAGAUGCUUCUACCGAUGAUGCUACUAAGUCGAAGUUACAAGAGCAAGUUUCUGGAUUUGAAUCAUCAGGGGAAGACACACAGAAUACAGAGAUCGAAGUGAGACAUCUUCGAUCAAAAACUAUCGCCAAUAUGACUUUGAAUACAAAGGUGGCAUUGACUCCACAUAUGUCAAUGAAGUUAGAUCUGAACUAUCUUACACCUGAACUUCAGACACAGCUAGAAUCGUGCAUCCGCUCUCAUAAUUUAGUGAAGACCUUGUCACCAAAAUUACUACUUUUAACAGAAAUGAAAGGAGAAGAACUGGCCAAGUUCUUCCACAGCGACAUUGCUCUGGUAAACUCCGAAGCUGAACAGCUACAUUAUGUCCUCUGGGUUGUUGUGGUACCGUAUAAAGAUCCACAUCAGGAGAUCAUCAGCUGUGUAAUGAUGAGCUCACGAGCAAUGUACUUUGUGUCAGACAGGGUUGUCAAGUCUCCACUGGUUGAACGUCAGGCCUGGAUGACGCAUGCCAGACACAAGUCUGAUUCUGUAAUUGGUUUACAGAGGAAACAAGUUGACAAACACCACAGUUCGGGUAUCCUUCACAGCAGUCAGAAAGACAGUACUAUUAUACGCUGCUAUCACGUGUUCCACUACUCUGAGCUUCGGCAGGUCAACGUUGGCCUAUUUGACCAGUGUGUUCGUUUGACUGGCAACGACUGCAACUCCACAUACACGCUUCUGAGCAGAGACGGACUUAUCACCGAGAGGUUUAUGCGUCAACUCACAACUAUGCUCACCAUCUUCAUGUCAUCUCCCAUGGUUGACAGGAGCCCUGCUGACGUCGAACAAGAUUUCUAUCGGGCUUUCAACAAGCGAACGAAGACCACAUUGGAAGGCAUGGAGUACUUGCAUCCGAGCAAAGUUCCGUUCAUUUAUCCGGGCGAGGAUACAAUGUCCGACCUUUUGUAUAUCAUCACCGAUCGACUAAGACUGCCACUCCUGGCCCGAAGAAAGGCGGACAUUCUCAUGUACAUUCUGUGUUAUGUCGCUACCUCUGAAAAUCAGUGUGGAGCUGUAGAGAGUAUGGAACCACGUAGUCUUGUCCUGACCAACGAUUACUUAUGUUUAAUGCAUGAAGAUGUGGCCAGUUAUCCUCUGCCGGAAUUCGCCAGGGGAUUGCCCAACACAGCCAGGUAUCACAUCACUGAUAUCCGUAAGGUAGAUUCUUUAAAGAGAGUUUUGUUCUUUCGGGACAACUCUCAGAAGCUGACCCUUAUCUUCUCUGAUGAAGCCGAGGAGAUUGUGGUCGAUACUUCUGUGGAACACUUCAGUGCCGAUGAUAAGACGGGAGGCAGACAGUCGCUGCCAGAGGUGGGAAUGACUGUUCUUGUGCAGUGUGAGAGAGACAUCAAUAAAGUCAUGCUCCUUUUGAAGAAUCAGUGGAGGGAUCUACACGGAGAUGAGCUGGAAAUCCACAUUCUCUGAUUAAUAAUUACUGAUCGAUCUUCAAGGUGUAUCGAAUUAUUAUUACUGAUCGAUCUUCAAGGUGUAUCGAAUUAUUAUUACUGAUCGAUCUUCAAGGUGUAUCGAAUUAUUAUUACUGAUCGAUCAUUAAGGUGAAUCAAAUGAAUUCCUGAUCACACGAGGCAGUAGUUUCGCUUUGUAUUGAGACCAAAAUGAUACAACUGAGGUAAUAAGUGAUGUUAACAUUUCGCAAAAACGGGACAAAACUAAUGAAGGUAGUGAGAAGAAAAUUGAAUACAUGGAUUAUUGUUUAGGUAAAACUGAAAUCAGUAAAAUUCAGAUGGCUGUUAUGGGAACGAGUUAUGAUAAAAGCUGAAUAUUGAAUUACGGGGACAAGUUAUGAUAGAAGCUGAAUAAUCAUGUAUUUACAUAUAAUAAUCAGAAGCUGGUGUAUUUGCAAUCUGCUCCAAAUAACAUGCGAAUGUCAAACUUUUGAAGGUCAAUAAGACAUUUUGAAAGUCUAGCAAUCUCUUACAUGAACGUAUCCACUACCUUAAGCAGUCUGGUGAACUAUGCGUCCCCUUUUAUGAUAAAGGCUAGUGGUAUUACAUGCUGAUGAUGAGAGAUAGAAGGAAUAGGUUAUCUGUUAUGUCCCUCAUUUGAGGAAAUACACAUUGACACAAGACAUUUUACAACGUAAAUCACAUUCCCAUAGUUAUCACACCACGUAUCUUAUAUUCACAGUUUUAGUCAUCUUUUUUUAUUCGUUAAGCAAAUUGAAUUUUUGAUAAACUAAUUUGCAUAAUAUGUCGUGGACAAAAAGAUUUGUCAGAACAGCUGCAUGUUGCAUUAUAACCUAGUAUGACGAGCCUUUUUUGUCCUUACUUGGUGUAACGUUUUCAGUGUUCAGUGCUGGGCAUUGUAACAGUUGGGAUGUCCUAUAUCAACUAUCACCAGUCGGCAUGCGAUAUACAGUUAGGUCGGAUGUAGACGAUGUAGUGUUAUUUAUACAGACACCCUUUUAUCCCAGUUUAUUUAUAUCAUUGAUAAAAAGAGUUGUGAUAUGCUUGAGUGAUGAGAAAAUGUGAGGUGUUGAAGUGUUUGAGUUACAUUAUGUCGUGAAGGCUGUGAAUUAUUGCUAACCUGAUUGUAAUAGUCUAAGAGUACAUCCCUCUUACAAUAAGGCCCUGUCAUCAUUUAUACACUAAUACAUAUUUUUUUGUUUUAAAUUGGUCUAAUUUCUAGACCCUGGCAAUAAGCAUGCAAAAGUCAUUGAUUAUCGAGUACAAUGCACUUGUUUCUUGCCGACUUUCAUUACCACUAUCCCAUUUUGAUUAAAGAAACGUCAUCACUCACUUGUGAUCAAUCCUGAUUCUAUUUUGUGUUUUAACGUUUAAACACUAUUCCGUUGAUGAAGAUCUCGGAUUGGUGAUGUGUUUGUCUAUAAUAUUAUUCGUGUAGCAUCCGCAGCAGCGUCCUGGUAACUUCCCCUUUCCUCGAACUUUGCUUCUGAACUAUUACUUUAGAGCUUUUCCUGCAAACAAUAUUUUAUACACGACUCGGAUAAAGAUUUCACUUCAUCGGUUAUCAUGGAUCUGCCUAUUUUUGUCGAAUUAAGAUGAAUAAUUGAUAAAUUAGAAAUCACAAUAUUGCGAUAUGUUGUGUAGACUGGUUAGACUAAGUUGGUCAUUUAUCACUGAAAUAGCUCAGACGUUUAAAUGAGAAGAUUAAACCAAACCCUGUAGAAACUCUUUAGGAACUGCCGAAAUCCAAGAGUGUUUACAUAUUGUCACAAACAAGAUAAGCUAUUGAAGUCAGCACGAGUCGCGGUGAUUCUCUUUGUGGACGACAUGGGACAUACCAAUCAAAUUUAUUGUACAAAUCCCAACGCCAGGAAUGUUGUUUACACGUUAAUUGUUAUGCAGUCCAUGUCUACUUCACGGGUACUGAAAUAUCAAAUGUCAUCCGCAAUAGAAAUACACGAUCUAAACAUUUGUUGUCUCUAGGGUUUGUAGACGUGUUCACAUACUAGGUAUAUACCUAACAUCAUUAUCACAUUAUUUCCUCCAAUUACUAAGGGGACAGGUGUCUGCACGUAAAUGUUUUUUUCGAUAUUCUGUUACUCCAUAAAUAACGAUGUGGAUUUUUGUUACACUCUUAGUCUUAUCUAUCGUAUUCUACAUACACUUGCUAUGUCCAUCUGUUUGCUUGUAAGUGUCAAAUAUCGGUUUUUCAUCCUAAAAAAUAUGGCGUAAUUACCCAGUGGAAUGAAUUCCGCGACUACAUAUUUUUUCUUAUUGUAGAGAAAUCUGUUUCCUGUAAUUAUAUCGAAACAUAAACAGAUUCGAGUCAAAUAUACAGAGUGCUCUUCACUAUAUAACAUAUAUAUGUAGGAAUUGUGAAUUUUACUUUCAUAAUAUUAUGAAGUGAAGUUUGUGAUGGAGCGAGAAACGUUUUGGUUAUGGUAGAGCAUAAUUUAUUGAACCGGUGUUUAGUGUUUUUGUACCUAAAGAUGUGUUAUACCAGUCUAAUAUACAUUGAGGUACGGCGGGACUAUGUUCUGACUUAUGUAUUGUCUCCGACGGAACACAGAAACUACUGACGAUGUGGUAAGAAUGAGUCCCUACCCCCUGAGCACCAACUAUCUGGUAUCAUUUUCAGAGAUACUUACAUUGUCCAGUAUGUGAAUUAUUAUAUGUAUCCACUAGAAUAGGUUUCAAAUUUAAUGACGUUUCAUAAUCUGAAUGCCCGUAUAUUAUUGACUUAUUUUAACGACACGGCCAUAUAGUCAGAGAGGGUCAGAUCAAUGUAUGGUUCUAAAAGGAAGGGCAUUUAAACAUUUCAUUCCAUGUAAUUUUAACAGUCAUGUACCUGUAUGUUUUGUAAUAGAAAGAUCAUGAACAUAUCAAUUGAUAUCGAAAUAUAGUCGUUAUGUACUGGAAUUGACAUUUCGGACAUAGUAUUUAGUAAAAGGUCAUCCGCCAUAUUCUGAAAGUGUUCAGAGAAGCAUGAUCCGAAUUAUCUAUUCAAACAAGAUGACAAUGUCAUCAUUGCGAGCUGUUGUGAAAUAAUAUAGAUCUUCAUUUAAUUUCAAUGCAUCGCAUAGUGAAUUGACGGGCAGUUCAACAUCCAUCUACUCCAUCGCCACAACUCUAUCGACUGACUUGUCGGCCGAAGUUUUGAAAACAAGCUUGUGUUACCCUAGUGGGGAGAAAUGUUUCUAGAGCAGGUGAUCCGGCCUUUAUGGCACCAUACCUCCUGUAAUAUGAAAAGAAUACAUACAGGAACAGCACAACCAUCCCAGGUACAACUGUAUUGAUUUCGCCAUCUCGGCGGAUCCUGGGUAGAUGAUGGUCAUCUCGGCGGAUCUUGGGUAGAUGAUGGUCAUCUCGGCGGAUCCUGGGUAGAUGAUGGUCAUCUCGGCGGAUCUUGGGUAGAUGAUGGCCAUCUCGGCGGAUCCUGGGUAGAUGAUGGUCAUCUCGGCGCAUCUUGGGUAGAUGAUGGUCAUCUCGGCGGAUCCUGGGUAGAUGAUGGUCAUCUCGGCGGAUCUUGGGUAGAUAGUGGUCAUCUCGGCGGAUCUUGGGUAGAUAGUGGUCAUCUCGGCGGAUCCUGGGCAGAUGGUGGUCAUCUCGGCGGAUCCUGGGUAGAUGAUGGUCAUCUCGGCGCAUCUUGGGUAGAUGAUGGUCAUCUCGGCGGAUCCUGGGUAGAUGAUGGUCAUCUCGGCGGAUCCUGGGUAGAUAGUCGACUGCAAUGACAAGUAAAGUAACAUUAAUGCAGUUAUGGAUUACCAAACAUUAAGAUUUAGUAUGUUAGACCUGAUACGUUUUACACAGAUUACAUACUUCAUAUUAGCACCUUAGUAUACCGUUGUCUAUAUAGAUGUAUUAAUAAGUACAGGUUUAGCCAUGAGGGUUGGCGUUCUACUUUAUAUGAAACUUACAUAUUCUAGUCGAGUAUGCCAUCUCCAUUUUUUUGCGUUCUGUAAAUGUUUUCCUUGUGUAUAAUACAAAUGAAAUUCUAAUUUAUAUAAAAAAAAACACAUUUGUUUUUGAAAUAUGAAAUGUUGUGAAUGGCAUGUCUGAUGUUCAGACGUUCUAUUUGUAUUUUGUUGUGGACACUUUUAGAUGCAUUUAAGUGCAGUACGGCGAUAAAGAGAGGAAUAUUAAACACAUUAAAUUGAU